AUGAAAAGAACGACGAUCCCAAAAUCUUUAUCACUUAUCGGCUAUCGCCUACGCGCACACAGCACUCUUGAGGCUAUAAACCCUUGAAACCUAUAUUCAAGCAAUUCUCUUAACCCGCACUCUGUACCAUUCUCAAAUCCUUUUCUUUCCUUUCCAACCACAGUCAUGGCAGAAGUAGAUCAAACCAUUGUCGAGCAUAAUGUGGAUCAAGCUGCAGUUCCUGGAUUGGAUGUUUCUGUAGAUCAUGGCUUGGAUCAUGCUGUGGAUCCUGGUGUAGAUCACGGCCUGGAUCAUGCCGUUGAUCAUGGUGUGAAUCAUCCUGUUGAUCAGAGCUUGGAGCAUGCUGUUGAUCAGGGCUUGGAUCUUGCUACAGAUGGUUUGGGUGAGCAUAAUGUUGAUCAUGCUAUAGAUCAGAAUGUGGAUCAUGCUGUAGAACAUAAUAUAGACCAUGCAGAAGAUCAGGUGCCUGAGAAUUUUCAUGCUCAAGAAAAACAAGGACAUGAUGAGGAUACAGUUGCGGGAGGUGGUGAAAAGAAGUGGCCUGGAUGGCCUGGAGAGAGUGUGUUCCGGAUGUUGGUUCCUGCACAAAAAGUUGGCAGUAUAAUUGGACGCAAAGGGGAGUUCAUUAAAAAAAUUGUUGAGGAGACAAGAGCUCGCAUUAAGAUACUUGAUGGUCCUCCUGGGACAACAGAAAGAGCUGUUAUGGUAUCUGCCAAGGAGGAACCUGAUUCUUCUCUUCCUCCUGCCAUGGAUGGGCUUUUGAGGGUUCAUAAACGAAUUGUCGACGGAUUGGACAGUGAUUCUUCUCAUGUUCCCUCAGGCACAGGAACCAAGGUUUCAACAAGGUUGCUGGUGCCAGCCUCACAAGCUGGAAGUUUGAUUGGAAAACAAGGAGGAACUGUUAAAUCUAUUCAGGAAGCAUCUAGUUGUGUAGUUAGAGUUCUUGGUGCAGAAGACCUUCCAGUUUUUGCUCUCCAAGAUGAUAGAGUUGUUGAAGUAUUGGGGGAUCCACCUAGUGUGCACAAAGCUGUGGAGUUAAUUGCUUCUCAUUUAAGGAAGUUUCUAGUUGAUCGUAGUAUAAUUCCAUUAUUUGAAAUGCAUAUGCAAAUGUCAAAUCCUCAGAUAGAGCACAGGCCACCUCAUCAAUCAUGGGGUCCACCUCAAGGUCUGCCUCCAAAUGCGGGUGGAGGUCCUGGUUUUGGACAUAAUCCUCAAUAUAUGCCGCCUCCACGGCAAAUUGAGAAUUACUAUCCUCCAGCUGACUUGCUUCCUACAAUGGAAAAACAACCACAUCAGGGUAUAUCUGCCUAUGGAAGAGAAGCUCCCAUAGGUGUCCAUGCAUCAUCAAAUUCCCAAGCAGCUCCGUCAAUGAUUACACAGAUUACACAGCAAAUGCAAAUUCCAUUGUCUUAUGCUGAUGCUGUUAUAGGGACAGCUGGUGCAAGUAUAAGCUACAUUCGGCGAGCUAGUGGAGCAACUGUUACUAUACAAGAAACUAGAGGUGUUCCCGGGGAAAUGACAGUUGAAAUCAGUGGAACUGCUUCCCAAGUUCAAACAGCUCAGCAGCUGAUACAGAAUUUCAUGGCAGAAGCUGCAGCACCAACACAAACACAAACAGGUGGGUCUACAGACCAAGGAUAUAAUCCUUAUGCAGCUCAUGGUUCUGUCUAUGCUUCUCCCCCGUCCAAUCAGGGACAUGCUGGCCAUACUGGAGGCUAUGGCUCCGUCUAUGGCACAAAUUAUGGGUACUAGGCAGAGGGCAUCAAAUUUAGUUUGUUCAUCAUGGAGCCUGUGACGAUCUCUAGUCUAGUUGGCAAAAUUAUCAAAUAAUUUUAUCAAGACAUCUGUAAUGCUGUAUUUUGCUUUCUAUUUAGAUUCUUGGUUAGACCUAGUUACAGUUAUAUCUGUUGUGUGCAUUAGGCUAACCAUAGGGUUUCCAAUACAAUAUUUUGAAUUUGCUGGCGACUUUUUUGGACAUGUUUCUAUACGAAUGGUAUCAUAUUUGUUUUGCUGUCA